AUGCACAAAAUAUCAAACUUCACCGGCCAGGCACGUCACGGCUGGGAGAAGAUGACCCCCUCCGCCGGCUUUUCAUUUUCCUCCUCGAGAACCCACGAUCUGAACGUCACAACCGCGCCCAUAAAACGUCCCUCGACCGCAAAUGCCGCCCCGCCCGUCAUUCCUCCCGGCACACAGGUCAAUCUGUCCUUCAAUGUCCCCUUCUCCUCCACUCUGCCUGGUCCCGAUGUCGACGACAUCAUGUAUGCCAGCCCGGGGGCAAAGGCUCGCUGGAUACAUCCGGAAGGCACGGCUACGGCUACGGCUGCGGCUGACGCUGUUCCACCACCACACAAAUUGCCCGUACACGCUCAGAAUGUCGAAAACCUCCGCAACUUCUGCAAGGACAUUACCGACUCGAGCGAUGGCCGCCUCGCUGCCACCGUCGUCUCUGCCGAGUCCAAGCCCUUGCCCGGUUUACAGCGGGGUCCCCUACGGGCCUUGGUCACAAAUGUCUGCUUGUCAGGAGAGCUCGAGAUCGUGAAUCAGAUGCGCUGCAAGAUCCUCAACUCGACGCCCAUCUCAAUGCGCUCCUCAUUCGUCGAUAUCGAUUCCGAUCUCAUCAUCGAUAGAGCCUCGCAGAACCUCAAGGCACCCGUGUUGUCUCAGCUCGAUCUCAUUGCAAAGUCCACCAAGGCCGACAUUUUCGUCUUGAUGCCGAAGCAGCCUGAUAUCGAGUCCGCCAGCUUCAAUGGCAAUCUCGAGACCGGAGUCGACUCGCGACUACGCUGUGCAAUCUACGGCGACAUGGAGACCAUGGAACACGCGAAGACGCGUGUCUUGAUCAUGAUCGACCAGAUCCUCAAGAGGCUUGUGGACUCGAUGAGGCUCGAGCUAACCAUGCAUACCUUGAUCUGCGGACGAGGACGUAAGAACAUCAAAUUGAUCGAGUCCGCUACUGGGACAGCCAUUUACUUCCCGCCGCCGUUCCCGCGUCUGUACAACUAUACGCCCCCAGGUGCCACUCGCCGACCAGAGGACCAGAUCUUCAUCACUGGCGAGAACCAGGAGAGUAUCUUGCUCGCAAAGCGCAGGCUUCAAGAGUUGGUUGUCAACACCAAGGUCUUCGUCAAGCCCGUCAUGGUGACAGACACGAAAUUGGACGCCAUUCUGCUCGAGCGCCUUGAUAAGGUCCGCAAGAUCAUUGAGACCAAUGGAUCGUACAUUCUCAUGCCUCCGUUGGGAAUGCAGCGCGGUGUUGUUCGCGUCCAAGGCACAGACGUCUUGCAUGUCGAGCGCACCGUGCGUGAAUUGAUGGCCCUCGCUGGUCAAUUCUACAGUGCCUCGUGGUUCAUUACUCAUCCGGACCCUACUCAGCGCCCGCCUACUCCAGCUGAUGUUCGCGCCAUGUUGUCCGAUAUUUGCAUCAAUUCCGGUGCAGAGAUCAGCUUCGAGAAGCUCAACUUCCAUAUUUACGGAUCCGAUGACGCUGUCAAGGCUGCCAUGAUGGUCAUCAACAACAUCCCAUUCGUGAAGAAGUCUCAGUACAAUAUGAGUGUCAAGAUCGAGCUUGCUAAUGAGCAUAAAGAGUUUGUGAGCGGCAAGAAGAAUGGAAAGAUCAACAAGAUCAUGAGCCAUAGCAGCGUCCAGAUUGUCUUCGACGGUUUCAACGAGUACAACUUCUACAUCGUCGUCCGUGGCGCCCAAUACGAUGCAACCAAGAGCGGCCUUGAUCUCGUCGAGCAGGAAAUGCCUGCCGCCAUCUCGUUCCACGUCCCAGACCAGUACCACAAGCGCAUCAUUGGUAUCGGCGGCCAGCAUAUCCAGCGUAUCAUGAAGAAAUACUCCGUGUUCGUCAAGUUCUCCAACGCCAUGGAUCGUGGGGGCUUCGGUAAAGAGGAAGAUGAUAUUAAGGUUGAUAAUGUCAUCUGCCGCACGCCAGCUCGCAAUGCCCAGAAUCUUGACCUCGUCAAGCAAGAGAUCAUGGAUAUGGUUGAGAAGGCCGACGCGGAGUUCGUGAGCGAGACAAUCAACAUCAACCGCCUCUACCACCGUGAAUUGAUCGCCCGCAUGGACAAGAUUGAUGAGUUGGAGAAGAAGUUCAACUGCAAGAUUACCUUCCCGAGCACGGAAGAAGCAAGCGAUAUUGUUACUGUCUCUGGCCCUGAGUACCAGGUGCCUUUGGCAGUUGACGAGUUCUUGGGAAUGGUCCCCGAGGCACAUGAUCUUUCUUUCCCUGUCUCCACCGAGCUCGGCGAGCAUAUGCGAUCUCCUGAGUUCAAGACUGAUAUCCUUGACAAGCUGAAAGAUCAGCACGUUGUCGAGGCUCACUUGGGAGAGCCUCAGAAGGAGACGGUCGAUGACAAAGAACAACAGAUCGAAACCAUCCAUCUGAGCUUCACCAGGAACAAUGCUGGCGGGCUCAAGGAUGCCCUUGACUUCCUCAUCAACCACUUGGUUAUGCACGGGCUUGAUACCAACACCAUCCGUGGCGCUCUGCCCCGCCCCAAGUCCGACUCUUUCGAAGACUCGCUUCCCUUCUUCGAGUCCAAGCUCCUCCAACAAGCCCAACCCCUGGUCGAGAGUACCGACUCUCCCACUCGCUCUCACUUCGGUGAUAGUGAGGAGCGACCCGCUGCAGGCAUGUUGGAUCGUCUCCGCAAGCCUGGUAGCAUGUCCUCUUUCACCUCGAUCUUCAAUGGUCGAAAGAACGGAUCCAACUCUCCCGGAUCCUUGUUCAAGCAUGCUUCCAGCAAUGCUUCCAAAGCCUCUCUUGCUAGUCUCGAGUCUCAGGGAAGCGGCUAUCGUAACCCCUGGAAUGACAGUGGCAUUAAUCUUGCUGACGACGAGCACCACACCAAUGGUUGGUCCAUGCCAACCCCUCGUUUCGAGAGCAAGUUUCCUUUCGGUUCCCAUUCGGCGGCGUCUGGGGAUAUAACCCCUAGGUACGACCCGCGGGGCUCCGUCGACAGCGGACGUCCCAGUACUUCUCAUUCUGCAUCUGGAUACCCGGCCCCUAUUGGGCCUCCUCGUUAA